AUGCAAUGUGAUAUGGGCUGGUUUAUGACUUGUUGUAGAAUGUUUGUUACAAGGGCUCUUUGCAGUAUGGUAAAAAGAACGACCGGACUUGUGGGUGUUCCUGUCAUUCCGAACGCGAGAGCGGUUCUCACAGAACUUUACGAUAAAACUCUAGAGAAUGUGAAAAAGAUCCCAGCCGAUACAGAGUACAGAAAGAACGUUGAGGCGUUCACCACCUAUAGAAGAAGAAUUGUUCAAGAAAACGAGGAUGUGAAGACGAUUGAGAAGAUCAUUGGUUGUGGUCAGGUCGAGGAGCUCGUUGAGCAAGCCAAUGAUGAACUGUCGUUGAUUGAGGAUUAUUACCGCGAUCGACUCUGGGAAGGCCCCAAGAUUGAAAAUCCAUAAGUGUACCGUAAUGGUUUUGUUUA